CAGAGUGCGCACAGAGGAGAUAGAAGUCUUUCCGCAUAGCUCUGCCAUCUGAAGUUUCUCAAUACGUUUGCUUGGGAAUUGUGUUUCGGAGAGACACGGGAGUGGGGAUAUCUGUCCUUUAGAGGAGCAUUGCUCUAGUAAGCCAAACAUUUUAAUUCUGCGUCCUUCGCUAUAGUAGGGCAUCAGCAUUGGGAAAUAUGUCUCUGUCCAAAGGAAACCACUAGUAACGGUUCCUGCGAAAAUCGGGGGUUUAGUUCACCUCCUGAGCGGAAUAGAGAACUUUUCCUCUCCAUUAAUGAGGCAUUGGAUUAUUUAGACGGGAACAAGCGAAUCAUGGUGCGACAAACUCUGGAUACGAUUUAAAAAUCGUAAGCUUUUUAAGGAUUGUUAAGCUUACAGAACGUUUAGAACAGCAUCGGUAUUUGAACAGGAAACAGCAGAAUACAGUGUAUUUGGGGGGAACAUAUGACAACAGGAGCGGCACUCUAUCACGCGCACUGAUUCCCUAUCAGAAACACCAAGAUGUAUAGCUCUAUUUACGGCUUUCUGCUAUUUUUAGGUGAGAUAGUGCUCUGCAUGUCGGGCUCUUCCACUCUGUCUGAGUCUGGGCACCAGGACUCAAUGGACUGUUUAAGGGCCACCGAGAAGUGUAACCAGGACCAAAAAUGCAGCCAUCGCUUCAGGAUCAUGAGGCAGUGUUUGGCAGGCAAGGACAGGAACACCAUGCUGGCCAAUAGGGAUUGCCAGGUAGCUUUGGAAGUGUUGCAAGAAAUGUCCCUGUUUGAUUGCCGCUGCAAGAGGGGAAUGAAGAAGGAAAUGCAGUGUCUGCAGAGUUACUGGAGCAUCAACAUAGGCCUGACUGAAGGUGAAGACUUUUACGAGCCAUCUCCUUAUGAACCCAUGAUGCCUCACCGUCACUCAGAUGCAUUUCGCUUGGCGUCAAUCAUCUCAGGUAUACAUUCUGGCACAGGUAAAGGCCAGCCUCACUGCUCAGAUUCCAGCCGUCCGUGUAACCCCUGCCUGGAUGCCACCAAAGCCUGCAACCUGAAUGAAAACUGCAAGCGUCAGCGCUCCAACUACAUCUCCACCUGCACCCGUUCACAGGCACAGGGCCAGCAGCCGUCACAAACUCAACCUCAGUUGCAAGAAAGCUGCAACAGAAAGCGCUGCCACAAGGCAUUGCGUCAGUUCUUUGAGCGUGUUGACACGCAGUACAGCUACGGGCUGCUCUUCUGCUCCUGCAAGGACCAGGCCUGUGCUGAGAGGAGGAGACAGGUCAUUGUACCCAACUGCUCAUACCAGGACAAGAGCAAACCCAACUGCCUUCAGCUGCGUAACACCUGUCGCCUGGAUGUACACUGCAGGUCACGCCUGGCUGAUUUCCACACAAACUGUCAGAUGACCCCUCACUCCGUCAGCAGCUGUCUCAACGAUGACUAUCAGGCCUGCCUCGCAUCUUAUACCAGACUCAUCGGUACAGACAUGACUCCUAACUAUGUGGACUCAGGUCACUCAAACUUCACCAUCUCCCCCUGGUGUACCUGCCGAGGCAGUGGGAAUCAGGAGGAGGAGUGUGAGAAAUUUCUACAGGACUUUAGAGAAAACACCUGCCUUCGAAAUGCUAUCCAGGCAUUUGGCUAUGGGUCGCUACCCAAGCCUGAUCCUCAUCCAACCACUGGCACAGUGAAACCAGAUCUUGAGCCGAAUGCUUAUGUUCCCAAAACAACUUUUGAACCGGUGGAGGAGCCCUGCAUCAUUUCUUCCUGUGCAAAUUUGAACGAACUUGGAGAGGAUUGCUAUGCUUCAAAAGACUACAUCUGUGAAAGUGAGGUUCCUGGCAGUCCACCCAACACGAGGGUAGAGGAUCUGAGAAAUUCAAAUCCUGCCACAAAAGUCCUAACUGAAGUUUUGAUGCUCUGCCUGAUGUUUGCUCUCAGAAACCUCACUAUAUAGAAGUACUUGAGCUUCCCAAGCCAGCACAGUGAGGACAAGGCUGAUGAAAACCCCUUCAUAAUCAUCUUCAGACCAAACUCACACCUCUAUCCUCUUUACUGCAGCUUUCUUUCUUUAAAAUAAACACCAGAGAGACAACGCAGUAACACAUAUCGAAAAGACUGCUUUAUUCUUGCCAUGGCAGAAUGAGAAAGAAUGAAUGAGCAAAGAAAGGGAUAUUGCUCUCUUUGUCUCUUGAUUCCAAAGUGAAGACCUAUUAGGUGCACUGCUAGCUAUUUCUCUUUUUGCUGAUUGGUGAACAAAUUAAUGACCAAGGCACAGAGCUUUCCAGUCUACUGUUCGGCUUCCUGCCGCCCACACUGCCCAUCAAAGGGCUUUUCGCAGCACCCAUCAGGCCUGAAUUACCCGUUGUCUGGCACUGGAUUACACCAUAGUUGAGAGGCAUUCUCCAUCCCAGCCCACUGCCCAUUUAUUGGAUUCUUUUUUUGGUUCCGUCUUUCUUUCUUCCUUUGUCCAUCAGUCGAACUGGAAUAAUUACUUUCCCGUGGUUCUUUAAAAUGUGAAGUGUUUGAAGUUUAAAUAUGUACCCUGUCGACACGGCGCGAGGUGGGUGUCAUGGGUGACAGUUCUCUUAGUCACAUUCUGUACUUAGUUUGAUAGAUUUGAGAAAGAACAGAAGAGAUUGUUGAAAGUUAAUGAAAAUGUAUCUGUUGAUCAACCAGAGAGGCACAUCUUAACAAAAAUAUUAGCUGUGUAUCUAUGUGGGUUUAUGGUAUCGAUGGGCUACCCACACAUGUAUAAUUUUGUCUGUGAAUAUGAUUUCUUUCUUUCUUUUUUUUUUUUUUCAAAAGUACAGAUGUUAAUUAUUAUGUAUUGUCUUUAAGUGAAAGAUGAUGAGGCUCAAGGUAACUCUAGAAUUCUAGAGACUAAAAUGAGAUGAGAUGAGCAGUGAAAGUUAAAAGAAUGGCAUAGCUGAGGAAGAACUGGAGGUGCCCAUACCACCAAUCAUUAAUGGUCAUUGCAUAAUCUCUCUGAUUGAAAAAGUUAGAAACAAGAAAAAACUUUGGGACAUUAAUUGUUAGGUGAACCAUUGUGUGCAAUUUAUGAUGUGGCCUUACUCUUCGUUUUCCCGUCUUCAUUUAUUUUCGCUGUGGUACCAUGCUGAAUGGAGAAUGACAGUUCGAAGAACAUUUGAUGCAGAGUUUUGAUGUUUGUAAUGUUUCUAAAAAAAAGUAUCUUUCAUUCAGAUUCAGUAAAUGCACUAGAUAUGAAACUUUUAUCAACAUUUCAAAUACUGAAGUUAUGAACAAACAGACAUCUCACUAUAUAUAAAUGUAAAAUUAAAAGCCGCAAUGAUUUAUAUAUUGUGCUUGUUACAUACGUUCCAUUGCAGCAAAUAAAAUGAUAAAUAUGAAUAUACUUUGUGUAAAUAUGACACUGUUGGGAAAUGGAACACUGGGAAAUUCAUGAAAGAUAUGUUGUAUCAGUGACAAUCCAUUUGUGUAAUCAGAUUAAACAGUUUGAAAAUCAACAGGCAAUUUUUUUUCCACUAAAAGAUGAUUCAAUACUUCAUAGUAAAGAUGAGAUUAGUAUAAAAUGAGUACUCUGCGGCUGAGAUUACAUUGUAAAACACAGUUCUAUUUUGACAAAUGCUGAACAAGAAUGUUUCUCAUUUCUUUAAUCCGAUUCAAUUGUUUGAACAAAGCCUGAGGUGUGAAUGCUCUUAGAAUUGUUCUUUUCACUUGUUGUGUUAAAACAUCUGGAUUAUAUAUAAACAUACAGUAUAUUUUUGAAGUAUGCAGCCUUUUUGAAGAAAAUAUAUUUUAAGGGAAUUCCUAAGUCAAAAAGAAGGUUUGUCAUUGCUGAGCGAAUAAGAGAUUCAAAUUGAAAGAAAAAUGUAAUGAAAAUGUCACUAGUCUGACAUUGUGAUCCUUGUUUUAAAAUAAUGUGCUGUCAUAUUACGUGGACACAUGUGUGGAGGUGAAUGAAAUGUGUGUAUAUAUAUAUAUAUAUAUAUAUAUAUAUAUAUAUAUAUAUAUAUAUAUAUAUAUAUAUAUAAACAUUCAUGCAAAUUAUCUGCAAGGUGUUAGAACACAUUUAGUGCUGCAGCCUUUUAUCAAAAAACAAAAAAAAAACAAAGUGAAUUUGAAUCGCAAUGUACCGAACUGAAAAGCAACUGCCGUAUAGUCCCAAACAAAGUGCUGAAAUAUCUCAUUCUGAUAUUUGGAUAGUGUUGUGACUGGUGGAUCCUGAAAUGUGUGUGUGUGUGUGGUUUGGUUUUGGUGGUUUAAAAGGAUGUUUGUUUUAGAUUAUACACUAGUAGUUACGAGGGUAUUAUGCUAUGAAGGUGGUUUAUGAGGACAUUUCUAGUGUCCUCGUAAUUCAAACUGCUUAAAAAAAAUAAUAAACAAUGUAUUUUUUAUUUUAUUUUGUUUUUUUAUGUAAAAAUGCCAAAAGGUUUCUGUGAGGGUUAGGUGUGUGUGUGUGUGUGUGUGUGUGUGGGCAGGUUUGGGUGGUUUAAGAGGACUUUUUUUUAGGUUACCAUCUGGUAAUUACAAGGGCAUUAUGCUAUAAAUGUGGUUUAUGAGGACAUUUCUAGUGUCCCCAUAAUUCAAAUCGCUUAAAAAACAUAACUUUUUUAUUUUAUUUUUUUUUUUUAUAUGUAAAAAUGCAGAAAGUUUUUUGUGAGGGUUAGGAUUAGGGGAUAGAAUCUAUAGUUCAUACAGUAUAAAAAUCAUUAUGUCUAUGGAGAUUCCUCCUAAGGAUAGCCACACUAACAUGUAUGUGUGUGUGUGUGUGUGUGUGUG